GCCGUUGCGCCUCUCCAGGAUCCUCCUCCCUCCUCCUCCCCGGGGCCCCGCGGGCGGGAGGAAGGCGCGGGGUGGCCCAGCCUGGGUGGUCUCUUGCCCCGCCCCCUGCGGCACCGUUACCUAGCUGCGGAUCCGGCUGCGCGGCUCGGGUAAUUUGCUGGCCCCUCAGCCAAUGGGAGGGCGUCGCCCCGGCCAGCUCCCUUUUUCUGGAGCUCCAGCCGCCUCUCACUCCAGUCGGCACCUCCAGCCCUGCUGGGCGUCUCCAGCCAGCAAUUUCGCCUGCGCGCGGGACCCAUUCCUCUUCCAGCCGCCGCGGCCCACUGAGUGGGUGAACCCCGGCGCCGCGCCCCGGACCCGCAGCUCCCUGCACUCGUGCUUCCCAGCCGCCGUUAACACCCGCACCCCACAGUCUCACCCCUGUCCGCGCCUUGGCGGCCCCACUGAAUCCCCACGCGGGACCAGCGGUACCGGGAGGCCGGGCUAGCCUAUGGGAGUUCCCAGAUAAUGCGGGUUGGGGGCGCCCACGCCCCCCAUUCCCGCCAGCAUGACUCGGUCGCCGCCCCUCAGAGAGCUGCCACCGAAUUACACACCCCCAGCUCGAACCGCAGCACCUCAGAUCCUAGCUGGGAGCCUGAAGGCUCCACUCUGGCUUCGUGCUUACUUCCAGGGCCUGCUCUUCUCUCUGGGCUUCGGGAUCCAGAGACACUGUGGCAAAGUGCUCUUCCUGGGACUGCUGGCCUUUGGGGCCCUGGCAUUAGGUCUUCGCGUGGCUAUUAUUGAGACAAACCUGGAACAGCUCUGGGUAGAAGUGGGCAGCCGGGUGAGCCAGGAGCUGCAUUACACCAAGGAGAAGCUGGGGGAGGAGGCUGCAUACACCUCUCAGAUGCUGAUACAGACCUCACGCCAGGAGGGAGAGAACAUCCUCACCCCUGAAGCACUUGGCCUCCACCUCCAGGCAGCCCUCACUGCCAGUAAAGUCCAAGUAUCACUCUAUGGGAAGUCCUGGGAUUUGAACAAAAUAUGCUAUAAGUCAGGAGUUCCUCUUAUUGAAAAUGGAAUGAUUGAGCGGAUGAUUGAGAAGCUGUUUCCGUGCGUGAUCCUCACACCCCUCGACUGCUUCUGGGAGGGAGCCAAACUCCAAGGGGGCUCCGCCUACCUGCCUGGCCGCCCGGAUAUCCAGUGGACCAACUUGGAUCCAAAGCAGCUGCUGGAGGAGCUGGGUCCCUUUGCCUCUCUUGAGGGCUUCCGGGAGCUGCUAGACAAGGCACAGGUGGGCCAGGCCUACAUGGGGCGGCCCUGUCUGCACCCUGACGACCUCCACUGCCCACCUAGUGCCCCCAACCAUCACAGCAGGCAGGCUCCCAAUGUGGCUGACGAGCUCAGUGGGGGCUGCCAUGGCUUCUCCCACAAAUUCAUGCACUGGCAGGAGGAAUUGCUGCUGGGAGGCACGGCCAGAAACCCCCAAGGACAGCUGCUGAGGGCAGAGGCCCUGCAGAGCACCUUCUUGCUGAUGAGUCCCCGCCAGCUGUACGAGCAUUUCCGGGGUGACUAUCAGACGCAUGACAUAGGCUGGAGCGAGGAGCAGGCUGGCACAGUGCUACAAGCCUGGCAGCGGCGCUUUGUGCAGCUGGCCCAGGAGGCCCUGCCUGAGAACGCUUCCCAGCAGAUCCACGCCUUCUCCUCCACCACCUUGGAUGACAUCCUGCAUGCAUUCUCUGAAGUCAGUGCUGCCCGUGUGGUGGGAGGCUACCUGCUCAUGCUGGUCUAUGCCUGUGUGACCAUGUUGCGGUGGGACUGUGCCCAGUCCCAGGGUGCCGUGGGCCUCGCUGGGGUGCUGCUGGUGGCCCUGGCGGUGGCCUCAGGCCUUGGGCUCUGUGCCCUGCUCGGCGUCACCUUCAAUGCUGCCACUACCCAGGUACUCCAGGACUGCAGGGCCGACUCAGCGCCAGUCGCCAGGCUACAUGGGUCCUCCAGCUGCCCGCUCUCUGCCCCUCCAGGUGCUGCCCUUCCUGGCUCUGGGAAUCGGUGUGGAUCACAUAUUCCUGCUGGCACAUGCCAUCACAGAGCCUCUGCCUGGCACCCGUCUCCAGGACUGCAUGGGCGAGUGUCUGCAGCGCACGGGCCCCAGUGUGGUCCUCACAUCCAUCAACAACAUGGCCGCCUUCCUCAUGGCUGCCCUCGUUCCCAUCCCUGCACUGCGAGCCUUCUCCCUGCAGCCAUCCUCAGCCUGGACCUACAGCGGCGCCACUGCCAGCGCCUAGAUGUGCUCUGCUGCUUCUCCAGUCCCUGCUCUGCUCAGGUGAUUCAGAUCCUCCCCCAGGAGCUGGGGGACAGGACAGUACCAGUGGGCAUUGCCCACCUGACGGCCACAGUUCAAGCCUUUACCCACUGUGAAGCCAGCAGCCAACAUGUGGUCACCAUCCUGCCUCCCCAAGCCCACCUGGUGCCUCCACCUUCUGACCCACUGGGCUCUGAGCUCUUCAGCCCUGGAGGGUCCACACGGGACCUUCUAGGCCAGGAGGAGAAGCCAAGGCAGAAGGCAGCCUGCAGGUCCCUGCCCUGUGCCCACUGGAAUCUUACCCACUUUGCCCGAUAUCAGUUUGCCCCCUUGCUGCUCCAGUCACAGGCCAAGGCCAUCGUGCUGGUGCUUUUUGCCACACUUUUGGGCCUGAGCCUCUACGGAGCCACACUGGUGCAAGACGGGCUGGCCCUGACGGAUGUGGUGCCUCGGGGCACCAAGGAGCAUGCCUUCCUGAGCGCCCAGCUCAGGUACUUCUCCCUGUAUGAGGUGGCCCUGGUGACCCAGGGUGGCUUCGACUACGCCCACUCCCAACGUGCCCUCUUUGAUCUGCACCAGCGCUUCAGUUCCCUCAAGGCCGUGCUGCCCCCACCGGCCACCCAGGCACCCCGCACCUGGCUGCACUAUUACCGCAACUGGCUACAGGGAAUCCAGGCUUCGUUUGACCAGGACUGGGCUUCUGGGCGCAUCACUCGCCACUCGUACCGCAAUGGCUCUGAGGAUGGGGCCCUGGCCUACAAGCUGCUCAUCCAGACCGGAGACUCCCAGGAGCCUCUGGAUUUCAGCCAGCUGACCACAAGGAAACUGGUGGACGGAGAGGGACUGAUUCCACCCGAGCUCUUCUAUGUGGGGCUGACUGUGUGGGUGAGCAGUGACCCCCUGGGUCUGGCAGCCUCACAGGCCAACUUCUACCCGCCACCUCCUGAAUGGCUGCAUGACAAAUACGACACCACAGGGGAGAACCUUCGCAUCCCGCCAGCUCAGCCCUUGGAGUUUGCCCAGUUCCCCUUCCUGCUGCGGGGCCUCCAGAAGACUGCAGACUUUGUGGAGGCCAUCGAGGGGGCCCGGGCAGCAUGUGCAGAGGCGGGCCAGGCUGGGGUGCACGCCUAUCCCAGUGGCUCCCCCUUCCUCUUCUGGGAGCAGUAUCUGGGAUUGCGGCGCUGCUUCCUGCUGGCCAUCUGCAUUCUGCUGGUGUGCACUUUCCUCGUCUGUGCCCUUCUGCUCCUCAACCCCUGGAUGGCUGGCCUCAUAGUGCUGGUCCUGGCGAUGAUGACCGUGGAGCUGUUUGGUAUCAUGGGUUUCCUGGGCAUCAAGCUGAGCGCCAUCCCUGUGGUGAUCCUCGUGGCCUCUGUAGGCAUUGGCAUUGAGUUCACAGUACAUGUGGCUCUGGGCUUCCUCACCACCCAGGGUAGCCGAAACCUGCGGGCUGCCCGUGCUCUGGAGCACACAUUUGCCCCAGUGACCGAUGGGGCCAUCUCUACAUUGCUGGGUCUGCUCAUGCUUGCUGGUUCCAACUUUGACUUCAUUGUAAGGUACUUCUUUGUGGUGCUGACAGUGCUUACACUCCUCGGCCUCCUCCACGGACUUGUGCUGCUGCCUGUGCUGCUGUCUAUCCUGGGCCCGCCACCAGAGGCGAUACAGAUGUACAAGGAAAGCCCUGAGGUCCUGACUCCACCAGCUCCACAGGGAGCGGGGCUGAGGUGGGGGGCGUCCCCCUCCCUGCCCCAGAGCUUUGCCAGAGUGACUACCUCCAUGACCGUGGCCAUCCACCCACCCCCGCUGCCUGGUGCCUACAUCCACCCAGCCUCUGAUGAGCCCCCUUGGUCCCCUGCUGCCACCAGCUCUGGCGACCUCAGUUCCAGGGGACCAGGUCCAACCACUGGGUGAAAGAACAGCUGAAGCACAGAGACCCUGUGUGGGCUGAGUAAGGUCACUGGGAAGCAGUGGGUCAGGUAUUAGAUGCAGGAUGGACCCCUGGAGGGUCCUGCUGCUGCGGUCCCCCUCUCCUGACUCAGCCGUCACGGACCUCCCUGAUAUCCAUACAGAACAGUCACUGCCUUGCACACCCAGGCCUGUGUGGGCCUGUGUCUGUCACGUGAGAGUGAAAGCCAGCCCUUCAGGCUGCAGUGCAGCCCUGUCCCCCUUCCCACCCCAUACCACUGCCCACCCAGCAGACCAAGCCCGAGGGACCCUCCAGCACCCUUCCUCAGCCCCAGCCUCACCGCCUGGCGACUCCUGGGCAGGCUCUCUGUAUGCCUGCUCACCUCCUACCACAUCCAUUAUUUAUAUGAAGAUGUCUAUUUUUGUAGUACAUAGAUGUUAGCUAUGCUGAAAGUUUUAUUUUUUAAAGAAUGAAAUAUAUUCUAUGUGAACUCA